CUCUCCCCCCUUUUCGCAGAGUGGUACAACCCACAGGCACCGGUGAAGCUGGGAGGAAGAAUCCAACUUGGCGAGGAAAAGGGGGGGAGCGGGAGAUGGUGGGGUGCGCGCAUGCGGGGGAGCGGAGCGGAGACAAAGGCGGCGCCGCUCCCCCCCCACCCCAUCCCCGCAUUCCCCCCCGGUUAUAACGCGCCCCCCAUUCCCAUGGACGCGGGGGUCGCUCCGUGCCCGAGGGGGAGCCGGAGGAGGGCGGGGGAAUGGCGGGAGGGCGGCGGGCAGGAGGAGGAGGAGGAGGAGGAGGCAGCAGCGCAUCACCCGGGGGAGUGUCGGUGAAGAUGUCGCUUCGCCGCGCCUACUCCAUCAAGGACAAGCUGCAGGCUAUCGAGAGGGUGAAGAAGGGCGAGCGGCAGGCGUCGGUGUGCCGGGCUUUUGGGGUACCGGGGGGGACCCUCCGGGGGUGGCUGAAGGACGAGGCGAAGCUGCGCUGGUUCCUGGAGCAGCUGGGCGGCGAGGUGGGCACCCAGCGCAAGAAGAUGCGCUUGGCCAACGAGGAGGAGAUCGACCGCGCUGUCUACGCCUGGUUCCUCGCCCUGCGCCAGCACGGCGUGCCGCUCUCCGGACCCCUCAUCCAGGCCCAGGCAGAAGCCUUUGCCCGGCAGAUCUACGGGCCCGAAUGCACCUUCAAGGCGAGCCACGGUUGGUUCUGGCGCUGGCAGAAGCGCCACGGCAUCUCCAGCCAGCGCAUCUACGGCGAGGGCGGCCUCCCCACCGAGCCCGAGCGCGCCCCGGCCACCCGCGCCGAGGUCGUGCCCGAUGCUGGCGGCUACGGCGAUGAGCAGAUCUACAACGCCAACAUCACCACGCUCUUCUGGAAGCUUCUUCCCGCUGCUGGAAUCGCAGCGAGGCGUCCGGCCCGCGGCGAGCGCGUCACGGUGCUGCUGGCCGCCAACUUGACCGGCUCCCACAAACUCAAACCUUUGGUGGUCGGAGGUCUCCGCGAUCCCGCCAGCUUGCGGCAUCACAACCAGGAGAAAUUCCCGGCUUGCUACCGCUACGGCGCCGAGGCCCGGCUGGCGCCGGCGCUGCUGCGGGCUUGGUUCUUUGAGGAUUUCGUGCCGGGCGUCAAGCGGUACCUGAGGCGGAGCUGCCUGCAGCAGAAGGCUGUGCUGCUGCUCAGCGCUGCGCCGUCCCCCGAGGGUUCUCCACCUCUGCUCCAGACUCCGGAUGGCUCCAUCCGCGCGCUCUUCCUCUCCAAGGGUCACUCUGGCAGCGGCUCGGCUGGAGCGGGAGGCCGAAUCCCGGCACCGCUGGAGCAAGGGGUGGUGUCGGCCUUCAAGCAGCUCUACAAGCGGGAAUUGCUGCGCUUGGCCGUGUCCUGCGGCGGCCCCGGCAGCCCCGCGGACUUCGUGCGCUCCUUCCUCCUCAAGGACAUGCUGUACCUGGCCGGCCUCUCCUGGGAUCUCAUCCCACCGGGAUCCAUCGAGAAGUGCUGGCUGCUGGGGCUGCGCGCCGCCUUCGAGCCCCAGCCCGGCGAGGAAGAGCACGGGGACACCCCAGGAGGGGAGGAAGGCGGAGGGGACAGCAAGGUCUUCAGUGACCUGACCCACCUGGCCGCCUUGGCCUUCAAGCGCUUGGCUCCCGAGGAAGUGUCCGACUGGUUGCACUUGGAUGACGCGGCCCCAGGUGCGGAUGAGGACGAUGACGGCGAGGAGGAAGGCGCUGAGGGAUGCGGGGCGGAGGAGGAUGAGGAGGAGGAAGCAGCUGGUGGCAAAAGGGAAGGAGGAGAUGCUUUGCUGCCCACGGCUCGGGAAGCCAUCCGGGGUCUGGAGACAGCGCUGCGCUGGCUGGAGGGACAGGACCCCCGGGAAGUGGGGCCGCUGAAGCUGGUGCAGCUCCGCUCCCUCAUCUCCAUGGCCCAGCGGCUGCGCCGCAGCCACAGCCCCCAAUCCUAGGGCAGGGCCGACUUUUGGCUACCAACCACCCCUGGUUGGCCACGGAGCUGGGGACACCCCGGUUGUCCCAGGGGGAUGGCGGUGGAGGUGCCGCUCGCCCCUCUGUGACCGUGACUCCCUGGGUUUCAGAGUGCCUGUGGGUCACAAUUCAGGGGAUUUUAAUGCAACAACUCGAAUUCCAGGGUUGUUCCUUACCUAAAUAUAUUUAGGAGGUGCUAUUUUUUACAUCCCUUGUGGCCCCUGGUUGCUGGCACUGCCAGAAAAGGCGGGUGGAUGUCGUUCCCCCCCCACAUCCCAAAUUGCCCAGUUCUCCCAAAUUCCAUGGGGAGAAGGGGCGAGGGAAGGACCUGCUCAGCGUCCAUGGGGAUGUUACACGGAAAAAAAUCCCCAAAUCCCAGAGCAGGGUUGAGGUGGGCACAGCCAGCUCACGGGACACUCCUGAGGUGCUGCAGGGGAAAAGAUUCCACCUUGGAAGAGGCUGGUGACGCCCUUCCUGCUGAAUCCUGUUAAACCAGGAUGGUUUGGGGCUGGUUUAAGACAGCUUCCUUCAGGCAAUGGGUUGGGAAAGGGACACUUGGGUGGCAUCCACAAAAAAGAGUCACCUCCAUCAUUCCCAUCACAGCUGGGAACACCUGGACCACCAGGUACCAUCGUCCGAGCAUCCUCGUGGAGCUGAAGGCUCCAGGGAUGGGGGUUGAGGUGUUCCUCACAGGGUUUUUGGGGUGGCCGCGUCUGGAGGACACCUUUGGGAGAGUUGAGGUUGGAGCAGGGAGGGCUCCUGGCACUACCUUGGAGUAUUGGAGGCAUCUGAUAGGAAUUUAGCAGCUCCUGACCUGAUUUGGAUGAAAUUUUAGGGUGUUUAGCUGAACUACUGGAAGAGGGAAAUCAAAUGAACUCCUCAGUGCUGCCGUGUCCCACGUCAGCGGGCGGGUGGGGGUUUUUACUUGUCGGGUCUUUGUCUCCUCGAUGCAGAAUUUAUGAAAAUUAAAUGGAUUUUUAUUCCCA